AUGGACGCUUCCUAUCUGAAAAAGAUCGAAGAAGAUCAGCAGGAACUACUCUCUGAGGGACAUGGCGAACACGCUGUUUCUGUUGAGUUGCGUCAUAACGAAGAUCUGUCACGAAUAGGCAAAAAAAUUGCUGAUGUUUAUACCAAGGCUUAUCUACGUUAUCAUCUUUCAAAAUUUCCUGAAGAGGGAAUCUGUGCCGUAUCAAAUCAUUUGACGUCCAACGAGUCGUUCGUUAACUUAAGCAAAACUCUUGGCCUGCUGGACUUGAUACAGUCUGCGAUUUAUCCUCCCGAGGAAGACGUUUUGUGUAAAGCGUUCAGUGCCGUGAUUGGAGCCCUGAGUAAAGACUCGGGCGAAAGCAGGGCUGAGAUAUUCGUGCAGGAUUUCGUUUUGACGCAGUUGAUUGAACUGGACGUGAAUGAACUGUGGUAUUUGGAUGACCCGUUCAACAUCUUAUUGCAGCUGUUAGCAAAAGAUAAUCGGCCUUUCCCGGAACCUAGGUAA